CUCCCAAUCGCAAUCGCAUAGCUAUAAUUAACACAAUGGUCUCUACGCGCCAACAUCCUCGCGGCGAUUUUCCCGCAUUUGAGCCCUCACCUACUAAGAGGCCCUCGCGCACAUCGACCGCAUCUCCUGCGCCCACAAGUCCUACGACCGCUACACGUGCUGCUGCCUUGAACGUCUCGCCUUCUGCAAAGGCGGUCGCUAGGCACGCAGUCUUGAAGGCUUCCGAUGCAAAAGACGCGGUUGCGCCUCCUUCACCCUCCAAGAUUGGCGAAUCAGGAUGGUGCCACACCGCAUCGAACCUCACGAUCCUUUGGCUCACGGUCUCACUGCCCCUUGUGCUAUGGGACACACUAUAUAUCCUGCUACGUCCUCACACCAUGGCCGGAGGCUUCCUUCAAUGGCCUAUCUGGAAGCCGUACGAGAUCUACGCCUCGAUCGACCACGUAUACGGCUGGCCCGGAUGGGAGAACAAUAAUGGUUUUGGCGGCGCGCAGGGUGCGCUCAAUGCUGUCGAGACGAUUCUAUACGGUCUGUAUGUCAUGAUCAUCUACAAUCAUAGCGUCCCUGCGGCGACUGGAACUGGCCUCGAUGUUAGUGGUGAUGGACUGGGCGCAUGGCUGUCUGGUGGUCGCAAAGUGCGCGGCAAGAACGGAAAUCGUGCGCUACUCAUUGGCUUCACGGCUGCUGUUAUGACGGUCAGCAAGACAGUGCUUUACUAUUUCAACGAAUACUUCUCGAACUUCAAGAGCGUCGGCCACAACGACUGGUUUACCGUUUUCCUAUUUUAUGGUGUCAUGAACGGCCUUUGGGUCAUUUUCCCAACAUACAUGACCAUUGUGUUUGGAUCCGACAUCAUCCAGGCGCUCGACAUUGCCGCCGAAACGACAACUAAGAAGGAGGAGUAG